AGGAGGGAAAAGAAAAUCAACCUGUACUAACCGUGAAAGAACAAACUACUGUUUAUAAAAUCCUUUUUCAUAAAGGACAGACGCACCAGGCUUAUAGAAAGAGGGCUGUGGUUUGUUUCUCUUUGUUUCAGGCUUGUGUCAGUCACACUCAGAAUUGUUACUCUGGUUUUCCUUUUUCUGAGCUGUGCAGAACACAGUCGUCCAGCCAUCAUGUCUAGCAGCCUUUAUUAUGUGGUCCCGAUUCUCGGAGGAUAUGCUUUGACUUCAGUUGUGCUUUUUAAAAACCCUCAUCUGCUUCACAGAAAGAAACAGACAGCCUUUUACAGCAGGCACAUCUCUCACAGAGGAGGUGCCGGAGAGAGGAUUGAAAACACCCUUGAAGCUUUUACCAAUGCUGUUGACAAUAACACUGACUUGCUGGAGCUGGACUGUCACAUGACCCAAGACAGUCAGGUGGUCGUGUCACAUGACGAAAAUCUCUUGAGGCAGACCGGACACAACGUCAACAUUUCGGACGUCAACUACUGUGAUUUGCCCAAAUACAAGGACAGAUUGGAGGUCACCUUUCACACAGGGCAUUACAGCACCGGGACAGACAGACAGAUCGCUCUUCUAGAACAAGUGUUCCAGAAGUUUCCGAAGGUUCCCGUCAAUUUGGAGAUCAAGGAGGAUAACGAGGCUCUGAUUAAGAAGGUCUCUGAUUUGGUGAAGCUCUACAGACGCGAUGACAUCACUGUGUGGGCGAGCGUCAAAUCCCACAUCAUGAAGAAGUGUCGACAAGCGAACCCCUCAAUGCCGGUUAUGUUCACUGUACAGAGAUGUGUUGUCCUUUUACUGCUCUAUUUCACCGGCCUGCUGCCCUUCGUCCCUCUGUCUGAGAGCUUCCUGCAGGGAUACCUGCCCUCCAUCAUCAACCGGACCUUCAUUCCCUGCUCUCCACUUCUGCGCAAUAAAUUUGUCAUCUCUGUGUUUGAAAAAAUCUUGAUGCAGAGACCUCUAUUCAGACAUCUCCAAGCAAGAGGCAUUCAAGUUCAUCUGUUUGUUUUGAACGAAGAGUCUGAAUUUCGGAAGGCAUUCGAUCUGGGAGCGACAGGCGUCAUGACGGAUUAUCCAACCAAACUGCGCAGAUAUCUGGACAACAACCCGCCCCCUGAGCCGAGCAACCACUAAAACAGCAGCUUUGCCAUCCUCUAUUCUUAAAUCCCGCCCUCUGCAUAUCAAGCAGCCAAUCAGCGGCGUGCAAUGAUUUCUACAUCUGAAAAUUGUAUCAGAUGUAGAAUUAAUCGAUUCCAUAAGUCUGUCUGUCAUAUUUAGACAAAAAUUAUACUGUCUGUGUGUCUGUCACCUGCCAUAGCACUGUCAAUAGGGUAUACACCAUGGGACUGAUUCAACUGCCAUACGUCAAUUUAAUAACAUGGUAUUUAUUUUUUCCUAACAUAUUUACAGACGUGCUCAAAUUUGUUGGUACCCUUACAGCUCAUUGAAAUAAUGCUUCAUUCCUCCUGAAAAGUGAUGAAAUUAAAAGCUAUUUUAUCAUGUAUACUUGCAUGCCUUUGGUAUGUCAUAGAAUAAAGCAAAGAAGCUGUGAAAAGAGAAGAAUUAUUGCUUAUUCUACAAAGAUAUUCUAAAAUGGCCUGGACACAUUUGUUGGUACCCCUUAGAAAAGAUAAUAAAUAAUUGGAUUAUAGUGAUAUUUCAAACUAAUUAGUUUCUUUAAUUAGUAUCACACAUCUCCAAUCUUGUAAUCAGUCAUUCAGCCUAUUUAAAUGGAGAAAAGUAGUCACUGUGCUGUUUGGUAUCAUUGUGUGCACCACACUGAACAUGGACCAGAGAAAGCAAAGGAGAGAGUUGUCUGAGGAGAUCAGAAAGAAAAUAAUAGACAAGCAUGGUAAAGGUAAAGGCUACAAGACCAUCUCCAAGCAGCUUGAUGUUCCUGUGACAACAGUUGCAAAUAUUAUUAAGAAGUUUAAGGUCCAUGGAACUGUAGCCAACCUCCCUGGGCGCGGCCGCAAGAGGAAAAUCGACCCCAGAUUGAACAGAAGGAUACUGUAAAUGGUAGAAAAAGAACCAAGGAUAACUGCCAAAGAGAUACAAGCUGAACUCCAAGGUGAAGGUACGUCAGUUUCUGAUCGCACCAUCCAUCGCUUUUUGAGCAAAAGUGGGCUCCAUGGAAAAAGACCCAGGAGGACUCCACUUUUGAAAGAAAAACAUAAAAACAUAAAAACAUAAAAAAGCCAGACUGGAAUUUGCUAAAAUGCAUAUUGACAAGCCACAAUCCUUCUGGGAGAAUGUCCUUUGGACAGAUGAGUCAAAACUGGAGCUUUUUGGCAAGUCACAUCAGCUCUAUGUUCACAGACGAAAAAAUGAAGCUUUCAAAGAAAAGAACACCAUACCCACAGUGAAACAUGGAGGAGGCUCGGUUAUGUUUUGGGGCUGCUUUGCUGCGCCUGGCAAAGGGUGCCUUGAAUCUGUGCAGGGCACAAUGAAAUCUCAAGACUAUCAAGGCAUUCUGGAGCGAAAUGUACUGCCCAGUGUCAGAAAGCUCUGUCUCAGUCGCAGGUCAUGUGUCCUCCAACAGGAUAAUGACCCAAAACACACAGCUAAAAGCACCCAAGAAUGGAUAAGAACAAAACAUUGGACUAUUCUGAAGUGGCCUUCUAUGAGUCCUGAUCAGAAUCCUAUCGAACAUCUAUGGAAAGAGCUGAAACUUGCAAUCUGGAGAAGGCACCCAUCAAACCUGAGACAGCUGGAGCAGUUUGCUCAGGAAGAGUGGGCCAAACUACCUGUUAACAGGUGCAGAAGUCUCAUUGAGAGCUACAGAAAACGUUUGAUUGCAGUGAUUGCCUCUAAAGGUUGUGCAACAAAAUAUUAGGUUAGCGGUCCCAUCAUUUUUGUCCAUGCCAUUUUCAUUUGUUUUAUUAUUUACAAUAUUAUGUUGAAUAAAAAAUCAAAAGCAAAAUCUGAUUUCUAUUAAAUAUGGAAUAAACAAUGGUGAAUGCCAGUUACUUUUGUCAGUUUCAAGUUAUUUCAGAGAAAAUUGUGCAUUCUUCGUUUUUUGUGGAGGGGUACCAACAAAUUUGAGCACGUCUGUAUAUAUAUCUUAAUUAUUUACUAUAUUCCCCUUGUUUUGUGAUUUAAGGUAGUUAUAAGCUUUUGCGCAAAAGAACCGACGUUUCCAUACCUUUGUCAAGGGAAAGUGUGAAUGA